GCCCGUCAUGGCUGCCGAGGUAACCUUUGAGGAUGCUCUGGAUCCACUAUGGCUUUGAUUAGUCUAAAAAGUUUCUGGUCCACCACGGCAGCAAGCAGAUCCCUGGUCAUGACCCUAAGCCAGAGUUUGAACUUUAUCAGUGGACAGAAAAAGUCCCAAAAGUAUAGCUCCUUAGCCAUGAAGAUACUAUGUUCCAAAGUUAAAUCUGAGUACAAAUUUUGUAGGAACAACCAUAUACAAGUGCGGAUUCAGUCUCUUUCUGUUAAUGAAACAGUGCAUUUUUGUGGAGUUCCUGGGAACAGUCCUAUAUCUGAUAACAGAUGGAUGGAUGAACAAAUGUUUUUCAAGAAGUUGAAGGGGCUUGAUACAUCCAAAGAGAUUUUUAAAUUUCUUAGCUCUCUGGAAAUCAUGUCUGAUAUCAUGGCGUCAGCAGCCCUGCAAAGGAUUUCUGAAGUUGAAGUAGAUGACAAUGGACUGAAAAACUCUGAGGGAGUAUUAGAGAAUGAAAUUUUCAGGGCAUUGUGUUUUCAGUUUGAAUAUGAAUCCUCCAAACUAUCAAACACUGGGUUGUUGAAUGCAUUGCAAGCUUUGAUAAAACUGCGUAUAGAUCCUCAGAGUUCACUGAUAGCAAGCUUGAUUUCAGAGAGUCAAGAACGGCUUACUAAAGGACAGCUGACCAUUAAAAAUCUAUGUGACCUUGGAGAGACUUUUCUUGAUUUGGAAGGCGCAAGUUGUGCAACAUUGGAACAAAUUUUAAACCACAUGCAAGAGAAAGACAUUGAGAAGUGGAGUCCUAGUGAGUUGGCAAUGGUUUAUAGGAUGCUGCGGAUGAGUGUCAGAGAAGGGGAACGAUACCAAGACUUGCUAAACAGAAUGAACAGUGUCACUUUAUCUAUAGCUUCCCAGCUAAGCCCAAAGUUCAUAAGCAUAAUUUUGAAUUCACUGGUGGUUCUUCAUCAGACUCAGGCAGUUCGCUUAGUCAUAACACUAUGUAAGCAUUCAGUGAAGCAUGUUCCUUAUUUCACAGAUGAUGAACUGGUUAGUGUACUGGAAGCCUUCCUAUACUUUGGACAUCAUGAGCAAAUUUUUACAGAAGCGCUGGAAACACAUGUUCCCAAGUCCAUUUUUACCAUGUAUCCUGAAACAGUCAGCAAAGUCAUGAGGUAUUGCUGCCAAAAGAUGAUCCUUUCGAAACCUAUCUUUGAUGCAGUGGCAGAAGUUUUCAUUUCUGAUGCUGAUGGAUUUACCACCAACCAGAUUGCUGAGUAUAUUGUACCAUUUGGGACUCUUAACUAUCUUCCUCCAAGUGCUACUUCAUUGUUUGGGAAACUUGAAAGUAUACUAUAUACUCGCUUUAACCAAUUUCAGCCUCACACCUUGCUGAACCUGCUGCACUCCUGUGUCCUUAUUCAAUGUUACCCAGUAAAUUUUCUGCCAAAAAUAUUUAGUCCCUAUUUUCUGCAACAGCUUCAAGCUCAGCCACCUGGUUUGGACAGAUUUGUUACCUCCCAGCUAACCCAGCUCUUUCUAACUGCUACCUUGGAGUGCCCAUUUUAUGAGGGCCCCAAACUUCUUCCAAAGUAUCAAGUAAAGGCCUUUAUAAUGCCUGACUCUUCUCUGGAUGUCCACAAUCUCAACAGAGUGAAGACUGGACUACUUUAUUUACUGAAAAAAAGAAUAUAUUUUGCAUCAGAGGUAUCAACACCGUAUUACUAUACAGUCGAUAUUGAGAUUAAAUUAGAUGAAGAAGGCUUUGUACUGCCUGCUGCCCAGUGUGAAGAGGUACACAGAAGAAUUGCGCUCUGUGUUGAUGGUCAAAGUAGAUUUUGCGUUAACAGUCACCAUCUGUUGGGAGAAGAAGCUAUUAAACAGAGGCAUCUUAAGUUACUUGGUUAUGAAGUUGUGCAGAUUCCAUUUUUUGAAAUAGAGAAUCUAAAAAAUUGCAGAAAAAUGGCAGCAUAUCUACGCAAAAAAAUAUUUCCUCAUGCUUAUGGACUCAGAUGCUGACACUGGUGAAGAAUACAGCAUUGCAAGUUGAUCUUCUGUACUAUCAAGUGUAAAUAUUGUGUAUGGAGGAAGAAAUCUGUUUUCUAUAUAACUCUUUAAGAUGAUUUCAGCUUGUAAAUGUGAGACCUUUCAAUAUUUGGACAAUUGAUAUGUAAACAGUAAUAAAAAACAACAUAUUUUCUUAAGUUUUUUUUUAAUAAAUAUUUGCUACGAAUUAGCAGGUGUAAAAGUCAAGCAGUCAGUGCUGCAUUUCCUUUGUAUUUGCACAGUUUCUAACUAACAUCAGCAAGUGAACAGUUGUCACUGUCUUUAAUGAUGCUGUCCAUUGUCGAAUGCUCAAAAUGUACCAUACUCACAGCUGGUGCUCUUUUUCACAGCAUAAAAGGAUAUUAUGUAAUUCACUCUUAGCUGUCUGUGUGACUUCCCAACUGUUGCAUAAAAUUAAAAUACACAGUAGCUCCAAUGACAACUUUCAGUCUAAACUGAAACUGAUGGUUUAUCACAUUAACAUUUUAAAGCUCAGAAGUAGGUAUGUCCUAUAUCGUCAUAUUUUAUGCAUGAGUAUAAAUUCUGUCAGAAGGAUGGAACAAAGAACUGCAAGCAGUAACCACUUCAGCUGGGAAAGAUACCAUGACUUGAAUCAACAUGUUAGUUUACAGAUGGUUAAAGGGGAAGUAUCAAAGCUUAGUUCUGAUCAUAUAGCAUGUACUUGAUGAACUGUGACUUAAAGAUCAAAAUACUAUAUUUUCAGAUUAGAUUAUGCUUGCUGCCCUUUGAGGAGUUUUUAUUUGUGAGUAACAAAACAGACUUACUGCAUCACCCAGUUUGAUUCUAACUAUUUUGAUUUGAUACAGAAAAAAAAAUACAUAAAACUUUUUCAUCCUUAAAGUUCCAUAUAUUUUAUCAGUAGAAUGUGACUUUUCCCUUUGAACGUUAAUAACUUGUGAAUUGCAGGUGUCUCUCAGUUGUCCAAGCAAUGCCUAGAGAUUUUUGGGUGCAACAUCUAAAUCUGGAAAAUGAUUUACAUUGUGUCCUACCAUACAUUCUUUUCACAUUAAUUCGUUGUUCUUGUGAAACCCUUACUCACAGUAGUGUGUCAGCACUGACAGAUGAGGGAGCAAAAAGAAGUCAAGAGAUAUUUUCUGCUAGUAUAAUAGGAAGCUUACAGCACUUCAGUAAGCUACUAGUUGUCAUCCUAGCAAAAGAAAUUGAGGGAGAACAAUUGAAAGGUGUCUGCAGACAUUUACAAAAAAAUUCUCCCUAAUACAAAAGAUAUCAUCAAGGUACUCAUUUGACAGUAACAACUGAACAUUGAAGUAGGAAGUCAACCACUCAGAACUUAAUGAGAAAAAAGUAGUAGGAGGGACAACUUGUUGAAAGCCUUUAAAAUGAGGGAUGAGAAGAGAUUAGAAGAGGAUGACAAAACAAAGAAAUGAGAUAGGAAAACUGAUAAUAGCAUAUGGUUAGGUCUUGAUGAGUCAUGCUUUCCUUUUUCCGUAGUGGAAGUGAACUGGAGACAUAUCUUUCUCAUGCUAGCCAGAAGGUGGUGAUGUUUUCAAAUAAUUUGUUUUCAUGCAGUUUUCAAACAGAUCGUUUGUAUGUAUAAUAACUAGGAGGACACUUAAAAGAAGUAAUUUGUACAGAUUAUCCCAAACUAAAAAUAACCUGGAUAGAAUAGGGCCAUAUUUGAUCUCAGUCUUCCUUGGCAUGCAUUUGAUGCUGAUUCUUGUAAAAAUCACUCUGAUGUUGUUAGAAAAUGUGUACUUCUCACAUUGCUCUUACUGUGAGUCCUCUUCAGUUAAUGUUACUGGAUUUGUUUCAUGGGAUAUUUAUUGUUGAAAAGGAAUGUAGCAGUUACUGUCCUUGUCUCUUGUCAUUACUUGCUAAAAAAGGAAAACUUGCAGGUCAUAAAUAAUGAAAGUGGCAAACAUCUCGCAGAAUGGGCUGCUGUUUGUACUCUGAUUCUUACAUCAUGCUGCAACAAACUAGAUUGAUUGCAGAACUUUCUGCGUAUGCACAUCCCAGAUUAAAUUGUUGUUUUUAUUUUUUUUAUUAGCAGACCCACUGUAUUUGCAAAUGAUCUAGGCUUGCUGUUCGUAAGUGCCUAACAGAACUCCAGUGUCAAUCAAAGCUGUGGACUUUCAGUCCUUUUCUUCAGGUAUAAGCAGUCUGGCUGUCAUUCCUUAUUGAACAAUAUUGCUUCAGCUUUAAACAACAGCAGGAUUGAUGGCUCCUGAGAACCAAACUGAUGUGUAUCUUUUUAUGUUCCAUCUCCUGAAAUUAUUUUAAAACUGAUGAAAAUACUGGAUUGAGUAAGGAUACAAAGCAGUAAAUGUUUAAGCAGAUUUAGGCAUUUACUCUAGAAAGGCUUUUUAAAUGAAUACUGCUCAAUUCUUGUUUUUUUUUCUAUCCUUGCUAAGAAACUAUUUAUUUAGUGUUUGUUCUCUUAGGUUUUUGUUUGUUUGUUUGUUUGUUUUUGCAGUAUUGGAUAGAGAUCCAAAGAUAUUUUUUCUUGUAGCUAUGCUAAACAGAUCCCUCAGAUACCAUUUGUAUAAUUAAGUCAGCAAAAUGGAUGCUUGAAAAUAGCUAAGCCUGGAUUUUAGUGUCUGUUUAAAUGCCAAGCACUCAGAAGUUCCCUUAGACUGACUUCCACUUGGAGUGUACUGAAAUUGCUAAAUUUUUAGCAGUUCUGAAAGUCAGACCAUUUUUUACAUGCUCAUCUAUAGGUAAGGCUAUCUAUUUUGGAAAAUCUGGGUUGUAUCUCAACUGUUUCACAUAUGGCGUAUGACACUAAGCAGUUUUUCAGUAGUGCUUUGAAGAUUAAGAAAUCAGUGACCAUUGAUGCCUCGAUGAGCAAGUGUGCCUAAAUGUUAAGCCUGUGAACAGUUACGUAGAAUCACUGCAUGAAAUAGCACAGGCAGUGCUAUUGACCCAACAGGUCCUUUGUUUCUAGUGUUACUUCCUAAAAUGUUCAGUUCUUGUGACGCUCUUCACAAGAUUUUAAUGAGACUGUAAGAAGAGAUUUAUUUUGAAUUAGCAUGAGAGAAGGUACAGCUGCUAAUUCAUCCCUUUUUAUUCCAAACCACUCUCAUUAACUAAAAUAGUAGAGGAAAAGGCAAAAACACUGCCUUCUUUAUUGAUGCUCACAUCAUUUGUUUUGGGUUUUUUUUUUUAUAGCACGUAAGUGUUGCUGGCAAUCACAGUUAUAAGAGAUUUAACAUGGAUCCAGGCUUGGAGAAGGCUUUUCCAGUAAGCAGGUGAUUCCGUUUUUCCUGUAGAAUUCUGCCUGCACGUGAUUAAUCCUGGCGUGAUCUCUGAUCAGCUGCUCUACAGGCUUUUUUAUGCGUCUCCCAUAAUCUGAAGAUGACAAAACAGCUACAGGUCUUGCCAUUUCCUGUGAAAAUACAAAAUUCUCCUUAUAAGAAAAUGACAGAGCAAAUUCUAGACAAUUACUGCUAACUAUGCUAUGGUCUGGGCUAAAACAACAGAACUGUAUAGCAUCUGCUAUAGGAAGGUAUAUUUAUUUAGCAGUGAACUGUACUCUUACAGUUCCAUCCUUGACCUAUUUUUUUUAGGUGUAUUAAUAAAACAUGAAUAUAU